CCUGGCGCAGCGCGGAGCCCUUGGCCAUGACCUCGCGCGCCCACUAGCAUGCCUGCAUGGUUCAAGAAGGCGUGGUACGGGCUGGCGUCUGUGCUCAGCUUCUGCUCCUUCGUCCUCAUCAUCGUCGCCUUGGCCGUGCCCCACUGGCUCAGCGGGAAGAUCCUCUGUCAGACCGGAGUGGACCUGGUCAACGCCACGGACUCGGAGCUGGUCAACUUCCUCGGGGACAUUUACUACGGGCUCUUCAGCGGCUGUAAGGUGCGGCAGUGCGGGCUCGGGGGCCGCCAGUCCCGGUUCACUAUCUUCCCACACCUGGUGAAGGAGCUGAACGCAGGCCUCCACGUGACAAUCCUACUGCUGCUCUUCCUGGCCUUGGCUUUGGCCCUGGUCAGCAUGGGAUUCGCCAUUCUCAACAUGAUCCAGGUCCCGUACCGGGCGGUCAAUGGUCCCGGCGGCAUCUGCCUGUGGAAUGUUCUUGCAGGUGGCGUCGUGGCAUUAGCCAUCACCAGCUUCAUGGCGGAGGUGAAAUUUCAUGACCUGACCGCCCGCAUCGCCAACUUCCAGGAGAAGCUCUUCCAGUUCGUGGUGGUGGAGGAGCGUUAUGAAGAGUCCUUCUGGAUCUGCGUGGCCAGCGCCUCGGCCCACGCCGCAAACCUGGUGGUGGUGGCCAUCAGUCAGAUUCCCCUCCCUGAGAUUCAGACCAAAAUAGAAGAGGCAACGGUCACAGCAGAGGACAUCCUGUAUUAG